AUGUCCUCUGCUCAAGAUUCCGCCACCAAUAUCUCUAUCGAUAGAUUCGAUGGAGACAACGCGACGUGGAGCCGCUACAUGCGUGGCGUGUUCCUGACCAAGUCGACGUGGCACGUGGUCAACCGGGGGACCACCCCCACCUUCGCCGAUCCUCGCGCCAGUGAUGAGUACGUCAAGACGAACAACAUUGCGUUCGGCUUGAUGUUACUUUAUAUGAGCGCGGACUAUCAUCACGUGGUUGAUGACUGCGACGAGGCAAGGGUUGCGUGGACACGGUUGAAGACUCUCUACGGCGGAUCGCAGAAGGCGGGACGCAUCUACUUGAAGCGCCAGCUGUUCAAAUGGAGAUGGCGGAAGGCGGCAAUGUGA